AUGCCUAACGACGCGCUCCAAAGCAACCCGUUCGUGGUGAACGGCAAGACCGUCGCCAUCCACAUCACAACCCGUGGAUCAGACUGGUACUGGGCUGUCAUGGCUAUCAUGGGCGCAACCAUGCUUGGGAUCCUUGCCGCCAGUGUCCUAAAGCCCGCCAGAAACCGGCUCCUCUUCUACAUCUUCGCUCUCAUCACUUUCGUCGCGACACUCGAGUCCUUCAGCAUUGCAUCCAACCUGGGCUGGACACCUAUCAACGCGGAAUGGCAUCGAACCGAUGCUAAGGUCGCUGGCGUCAACCGCCAGAUCUGGUAUGUCCGAUACAUCGGCUGGUUUCUCACUUGGCCUCUUAUCACCACAACAAUCCUCUUGACGACUUAUACCCCGACUCUCUAUAUCCUGUGGACCGGCUUCUUCGCCGCGGCUAUGGCUGUUCUCGCCCUCGUCGGUGCUCUAGUCCAUUCAGACUACAAGUGGGGCUACUACGCAUUUUGGCUUUUCUCCUGGCUUCUGGUUGGCUACCACCUCGUCUGGCUCCCAAGAGCAUAUGCUCGCAACCUUGGCGUCGAUGUCCUCCGCGCCCACACCUCCAUCUCCGCCUGGGUUUGGUUCCUCCUCGGUCUCUACCCCAUCUGCUGGGGUGUUUCUGAGGGUGGCAAUGUCAUUGCCCCUGACUCCGAGCUGGUAUUCUACGGUGUUCUCGACAUCCUUCUCAUGCCCGUAACGUUCGGUUACUUCCUUUUUGUCCACUGGAACAUCGAUCCCGCCAGGUUGGGUCUCAGCCUCAGAACAUAUGAGGAUCCUCUUCCUGGGGGUCUGGCUCACCAUGAGAAAUCAGCUCCAGGAGCUACCAACGGUACUAUUCCUACUGAUCCCAUCGCCGCUCGCCCUGAUGCCGCCACAGUUUAA